CUGAAGGCCGGGACUAACUUGACAGCAGCAUCUCAUUUUUAGCUAAUCACCGGCCCCUUCCCCAGAAUGCCUGAGUGUCCACAGCCUCUGAAGAGAGGUGCUUCUCCCGCAGCCCCGAGGAGCCACGGGGCUCCCGAGCACUAGGGAGGAGAAGCACCACCCUUGUGCCCCUGCGGGAAUCUGCCAGGGAGCCAGGGGCCUAGAGUCCUCUCUCUCCUGCUGCUCCGGAGGCAGAGGUGAGCACCGGGCGGCCGGCUCCAACCAGAGGUGCCGGGAACCCCGCCUGUCAUGGUGGCCGUCUGCAGCCAGCCUGAGGCACUCCCAGACGGGGUUGCAGCUGAGCCUGUUUAUCUGGUGUGGGAAGAAGAUGGGGAGUUACUUGUCUGUCCCGGCUUACUUCACCUCCAGAGACCCCUUUAGGUGUUCAGAAUGCCAGGAAUCCCUCACCAACUGGUACUACGAGAAGGAUGGGAGGCUCUACUGCCACAAGGACUACUGGGCCAAGUUUGGAGAAUUCUGCCACGGCUGCUCCCUGCUGAUGACAGGGCCUGCCAUGGUGGCUGGGGAGUUUAAAUACCACCCAGAGUGCUUUGCCUGCAUGAGCUGCAAGGUGAUCAUUGAGGAUGGGGAUGCGUAUGCCUUGGUACAGCAUGCUACACUAUACUGUGGGAAGUGCCACAAUGAUGUGGUACUGGCACCCAUGUUCGAAAGGCUGUCCACGGAGUCUGUCCAGGACCAGCUGCCCUAUUCGGUCACACUCAUCUCCAUGCCGGCCACCACCGAGUGCAGACGUGGCUUCUCCGUGUCCGUGGAAAGUGCCUCUUCUAACUAUGCCACCACCGUGCAAGUAAAAGAGGUCAACCGGAUGCACAUCAGUCCCAACAACCGCAAUGCCAUCCACCCUGGGGACCGCAUCCUGGAGAUCAAUGGGACCCCUGUCCGCACUCUGCGUGUAGAAGAGGUGGAAGAUGCGAUUAACCAGACAAGCCAGACACUUCAACUGCUGAUCGAGCAUGACCCUGUCCCCCAGCGCCUGGACCAGCUACGGCUAGAUACCCGGCUUUCUCCCCACAUGCAGAGUACUGGACACUCUCACACGCUCGGCACUCUGGACACCAAGGAGAAUCAGGAGGGGACACUGAGGAGACGUUCCCUGAGGCGCAGUAACAGCAUCUCCAAGUCUCCUGGCCCCAGCUCUCCCAAGGAGCCCCUGCUCCUCAGCCGUGACAUCAGCCGCUCCGAAUCCCUGCGCUGUUCCAGCAGCUACUCACAGCAGAUCUUCCGGCCCUGCGACCUGCUCCACGGGGAGGUUCUGGGCAAGGGCUUCUUCGGGCAGGCCAUCAAGCUGGGAGGGGGGGGUCAGGUGACUCACAAAGCCACAGGCAAAGUGAUGGUCAUGAAGGAGUUAAUCCGUUGUGAUGAGGAAACACAGAAGACUUUCCUGACUGAGGUGAAAGUGAUGCGAAGCCUAGACCACCCUAACGUGCUCAAGUUCAUUGGCGUUCUGUACAAGGACAAGAAGCUAAACCUGCUGACUGAGUACAUCGAGGGGGGCACACUGAAGGACUUUCUGCGCAACGUGGACCCGUUCCCCUGGCAACAGAAGGUCAGGUUUGCCAAAGGCAUCUCCUCUGGAAUGGCGUAUUUGCACUCCAUGUGCAUCAUCCACCGGGAUCUGAACUCACACAACUGCCUCAUCAAGUUGGACAAGACUGUGGUGGUAGCAGACUUCGGGCUGUCACGUCUUAUAGUGGAAGAGAGGAAAAGGCCCCCAGUAGAGAAGGCCGCCUCCAAGAAACGCACCUUACGAAAGAGUGACCGCAAGAAGCGCUACACUGUGGUGGGAAACCCCUACUGGAUGGCCCCCGAGAUGCUGAAUGGCAAGAGCUACGACGAGACGGUGGAUGUCUUCUCUUUUGGGAUCGUUCUCUGUGAGAUCAUUGGGCAGGUGUACGCUGAUCCUGACUGCCUGCCCCGCACACUGGACUUUGGCCUCAAUGUAAAGCUUUUCUGGGAGAAGUUUGUCCCAACAGACUGCCCCCCAGCCUUCUUCCCCCUGGCUGCUAUCUGCUGCAAACUGGAGCCUGAGAGCAGACCGGCAUUCUCAAAGCUGGAGGACUCCUUUGAGGCACUGUCUCUGUACUUGGGAGAGCUAGCCAUCCCACUGCCCGCAGAGCUGGAAGAACUGGACCAUACUGUGAGCAUGGAGUAUGGCCUGACCCGGGACUCGCCACCCUAACCCUGGUCCAUCCCCCUGCAGGGGGACAUUCCACAGCCAGCAUUGCUCCCUCUGCGCCCUGUCCUUGCUAGGAGCAGUACUGUCUAGGCUUCCUGUGGAUUGACGGCUUGCUUAGAAGCAGAAUAAGCCAUCCCUACUACCUCCCCAGGAGGCAUGCGGGUGCAGGGAAACAGUUCUCCACAGGUGCUGGGCCUGGUUACUGUCUGUAAAUCCAACACUCGCCUGAAAGCUGUGAAGAAGAUAAAGAGAGCCUGGAUUCUAGACCAGUCUGUUACUAGGGACUACCUGGGACCUUUGCGGCAGUGAGAUUCUGGGAGGCUGUAGCUUUACACUAGUCAACAUGGCCUGGGCCUGCUGGGCAGGAUGACAGAUGAACUGGCCUGAGGGCUCUGGAGUCUGGUCCAGCAAGGUGCAGAACUUCAAGCAGUAGUUUGAGUGACAACCGAGAGCCUUCAAAGCAUGCCAAGUGGCAGCAGUGAUUCCUCCUCCACUCCAGGCCCUGCCCUCUGGAGCAGGUUCUCAAGAGUCUCUUAGUAUGUGGCAAAACCCACAGGAUCCAGAAAAAGGACUGGUUCUGCUCACCGGCCCAGGGACCACAUCAGUGUGUGGGAGUUUCCACUUCAACGUCCUGUCUCAACAAGCAGCCACUCACAAAAGCACCAAAGAAGCUGGGGCUGGAGAGAAGGAGGUCCUGCCCUUUAAAAAGCCCCAUAUCCUGGUUGGUGGGCUCAGUCCGAUGCUAGAUGGGUUCUGGAGGCCAUGUGGUCUGUCUCAGACUUCGGGUAUAAGCAGGGAAAGGGGAGGCCCGUCAAUUUCUUGGCAUCCUUGUGGCAGCUACUGCACAUCUCUAGCAUGUCCGCUCCAGGCAGCAACUUGGGACAGGAACUGGUGGCUGUUGAGUCCCAAAGCUGAGAUACGAAGAGAGUUCCCUGAGCUGGGCCCUCUUGAUUCUACCUCCCUUGUUGUGGGCCCAGCUCUUGCUUCCUGAGCCACACUCCAGGGCCACGGGCAUUGGAAACCCUCAGGGUACCUUCCACCCCUGGCUGCCAGGUAUCCAGGGACUCUCCAGCUCACACCGUAUUUGACAAAUUGGGAGUGGAUUUGGUUAUAAAUACAAUGUGUGGUGGGUUGUACUGGUAAGGGGAUCUGGAGAGUGGUUGUUGCUGUUAUUAGUUUUUCUCUAUUGGGUGACAUGUGGAAUACUGUACAUAGACAAGAUGAACUGUGGGGUGGGAAGUCAUCUUUGGUCACUUUACUUACUGUGUGGACUGUCCUUGUGUGUGGAAUUUGCAAACUUGCUGUAGGGGAGUCCUGAACUCCCAGCAUGGUUCAGCAUCCUGCAACUGGUUACGCUUGAACUGUCCCCAGCAAGUGUGGGAGUGGUGGGCCUGAGCUGGGCCGUGAAGCAGACUAAAUAAAUUAAGCGGUUAACAUAGCGAAGGUGCUGAGAGUGGAAAAGUAACUCAGGGCCUGGAGGAGUUGGAGAUAGUAAGCCCUUAAAAGCAGUUACUGUUUUUGCAGAAGACCAAGGUUUGGUUCCCGGCACCCACAUGAUGGGUGUUUGGGGCACUCAGCACCUCUUCUCAUAUCUGUGAGCUCCUGCACACACGCAGAGCACACAUAUAUUCCCAGGUACAGAUACACAUAUCAAAUUUUGUUUAAAAAGUUUAAAGAAACAUUCGUCUGCCCACCUCCGGAUCCAAGCCACGUAAGUGCUCACAUCAGGAAUUCUCAGUCUCAAGUUGAAUCCCCUCCCCUGGACAGCAAACCUUCAGAGGUCAUGCACAUCCACUUGAGGUAGCCUUCUCUGUGGAGCAGGUCGGUGGCCUCAUUGUAGUCCCACCACAGGGCUAUUAGGCCAGGCUCUGAGUUGCUGGCCCAGUCCUCAGGGACCGUCUGCUUCCAGCCUUCUACAUCAGAGGCUGGAGCAAAUGACGCUACUGUUGUGAGGUCCUGUGCACAAACACAAACCUACAACUUCCACCUGGUGUUACAGUAUGUUUACACAUCUGCACUUGAGAAUCCCCAUGAAUUCAAGGCCAGCCUAGCCUACCUAGUGAGUGUGAGGCCAACAGCCAGAUUUUUUUUCUAUAAACCUAAAUUCACCUAAGUAUUAUGAAGCUGAAGGAUGUAGAAUAUCUGCAGAAUCUAGUCCCUAGUAAACACUGGUGAUCUAAAAACAGCAAAGGCUGAACAUAGGCAAGGUCACUCUGCUCUGAUAUACCUAGAACUUGACCUGUUGCUGAGUCCACUGCUGAAACUUGAAGAAAUACCCCACACACUACCUAGCCACCCCACCCCAGGAGCUUCCCUCCUAACCUGCAAGAACCACCCUCAGCCCCAGGUAGUGGUUUCUCCUUUGGCUGCUGUGGAACUGCCAACUACCCCUUUGUUUCUAGUCCCCAACAAAAGAUUUUGGGAGGGUCCAUCCUAAGUCCUCUACGUUGGAAAGAAUAAUAAAGGAGAGAAGACAUAAAGGGAUCAACUUGGUGCUUCAACCUUAAGAUGGUCAUGGCGGCCUUGACAGUCGGUGCGGGGGCUGCAGUUUGUAGCAGUUCAGCCAUUACUACCUCCCAGUGACUGGGUCACAGUGAUCAAGA